UUUUUUUUUACGUCGUCUGCUAACUGAGAUCCCAUUGCCAGUUUUUCACUGCAUCUGCAUUCGUGUUUAAUUGUUAAUGCCCAAGUUUCCAAGUUCCAACUAGGUCAUGUUUAUCUGUAGUCACGUAGAUCUGAAAAACCAACGUACCUUUUAAGUUGUCGAGUAUGGGUUCUCGAAUAGAAAAUGUGAUACGUACAGCAGUACAAACAUUCGCAACUAAACCAAACGGUUCCUUCGUCAACGCAAAUGUUAGUCACAACAUGAACAUUCUACGACAGCUGCUAAGUGAAAUUUGCCCAGCUGACGACCUUGGAUUAACUCGCUAUUCUGGCCAGCCUCGCUUUCCCUUAAAUUUGUUUUCAUCAAAAGCUGCACCAGUCUCUUACAUGGAAAUUUUUGAAAACCAGACUGUUAGCAUCGGUAUAUUUGUCCUCAAGGAUGGAGCUUCUAUUCCCCUGCAUGAUCAUGUUGGUAUGUACGGAAUCUUGAAAGUGUUGUAUGGGAGCCUAAAUGUACAAAGCUACUCUUCAAUUGAUCUCCCUGGACAAACCAACAGCUCUAUAGUGCACCAACCUCAGUACCUAAAGGCGAGGAGAUUUCCCAUCUCAUGUAUUAAUGAAAAGGAUAGCCCUGCUGUGCUUUCACCUUCUGAACACAACCUGCAUACUAUUUGGACUGUUGGAGGUCCUGCAUCUUUUCUGGAUAUUUUGGCACCUCCAUAUGAUCCAAGUGGCACUCUGAAUGGUGGGGAGGUUAGAGAUUGCUACUACUACUCAGAUGUUGCAGGAGAAGAUGGAAUGCCAUCUAAUUCUGAAAUCAGAUUGCUGAAAAAGACUUCUUGUCCACCUUCUUUCUGGUGUGACUCUUUGACCUACUGUGGACCUGACAUCAAACACCUUCAGCAUGAAUUAAACUAAUUAAGGUACAGCAACACAGGUUAAAGUUCCAACAAGUUUUAUUUGCAGCAGCAUCUCAACAGAAACAGUUUCAGUACUGUAACUAAUGUAAAAAAAAAAAUGUAUCAUUGUGUUCAAAUACACAAACUGAUCUUAACCCACCCAAA